UCCAACUCAUGGAAGAUAUUUGGAAAGACCUCACCACUCUCCCCUCUGCCUCCUCCGCCGCCGCCGCCGCUCCUCCGCCGUAUCAGGAUCACCUCCACCUAGGCCUUCCGAAUAACAGUAAUACUGCUACUACUAACGAGACCUCAUCCUCAAGCCCUACUCCUCCUUUUGCCCUAAAUAUUGGGACGUACAAUUGCCCUAAAUAUUCCGACCAAGCCGUCGAACGGAAAAGGAAAAGGCUGAUAAAGAACAGAGAGUCUGCUGUCCGAUCCAGAGCUCGACGACAGGCUUACACGUAUCAUCUGGAGGCGAAGAUUUUGCUUCUGAAGGAAGAGAAUGCAGAGCUGAAGAAACUACAGAAAGAGCAAGAACAACAACAACAGCAGCAGCAGCCCCAGCAUCACAAAGAGGAUAUUAGGCCAAAGCUGCUCCAGAGAGCUGUAACGGCGCCGUUUUGAUUUUCAUUUUGAAGAAGAAACCAGCUUAGGUAAAGACCUACAAGGGAGGCAUUAUAUAUAUGUAUGCAUAUAAUAUCACUGGUCAGUGACAGUGAGUAGCAAGUUCACUUUUUUUUCA